GUCGGCAUUCUCGCAAUGACAUUUAAAUUCCACAUCGAAGACAUGUUCAGUCAUAAUUUCUGGUAUGACUUCCGCUCUCCAGCAGAUGAUGUCAUGAGGGAAUAUGUCCUCAUUCAUCGGACUGCUCCUUGUAGGGAAUGCCAGGUCAUGCAUGCUCACCUGACACAACCCAGCGAUCCUCUCGAGCCUUGGAUGUGACAAGGAGGAGGAACCAACCUUGCCAUACCUUGGAUCUCUUUCGAGGUUCUCAGUAGAAGUGAAGUCGGGAAGAAUCUCUUGGUCCAACAACCAAAUGCCGAAGGCUUCCAUCCUUCUUGACAUAGAUGUAACAUCCUCAAGCUCGAUAUGCAACUUAGACUCUAGAGAUUGCGCUAAGAGAGCGACCUUGUUUGUGUCGACAGAAAGCUCAAAGAGCGCAUUGUCGAUGAACUCGAUGAGCAGAGCUUCCUUCGAUUCAGGUUGCGUUGCAGCUUGGACUCGAUCGAAUUUGGGACGAAAGACCUCAUCAACAGAAUCCUGUAUUUUGGAAAGAGACUGGAGGCAUUGCGAAAGAAUCUGGCCAACUGAUUCCAAGCUGCCAGAGAAGCCUUCGCGAAUGUCCGGGAACGCCCACGUUGCACUCAAGUCCAGCGAGCCGAUACGGCGCGAUGCAUCGUCAAGACGAUACAGAUCCUGCUCAAAGCUGUACGUAUCGGUGCCUGUGAAUCUUCUCAGCCGUUUCAAGUUCAACAGCAAAGCUUGAGACUUGGAGGUCAACUCGAGAAGACUGUUGGAAGGACCCUCGAGGUCUAUGUCGCUCAUGUCUCUGGGCCUACAGUUUCGCUCCCACAAUGACUAGGCUCAGUGCUGUCUGCAGGGUUCCGGGCGAUUUGAUGUGUGUGAAGUUAUGUGGCGAAAUAUCUGUUCAGUACAUGCUCAGACACGGCUAUCCUGCCAACA